AUUCUUGGGUUGGUUCACUAUAGGCUCUGCGAGGCUGCGCAGAGUCCGACUUUAAAGGAGGCGGAGCACUGUUUUUUGCCCUCAAGAAAGACAGUGGGAUCGGCGAGUGGCGACAGCAGGAAUCGAGCCUGAGCCCUGCUAGGGCUUUAGGCUCCAGGUGAGAGCCAUCGGGCUUUGGAUCCCCAAAGGUUUUUAAUCCAAGCAAAUCAGCCUCAAAAAAAAAGAAGAAAAAAUGGCCUCUGAAUCGGAAACUUUGAACCCCAGCGCUCGGAUCAUGACCUUUUACCCCACCAUGGAAGAGUUCCGGAACUUCAGCCGGUACAUUGCCUACAUAGAAUCCCAAGGCGCUCACCGGGCUGGGCUGGCCAAGGUCGUUCCUCCCAAAGAGUGGAAGCCUCGAACAUCCUACGAUGAUAUUGACGAUCUGGUCAUCCCUGCACCCAUCCAGCAGCUGGUGACUGGCCAGUCUGGCCUCUUCACUCAGUACAACAUACAGAAGAAAGCCAUGACCGUUCGUGAGUUCCGCAAGAUCGCCAAUAGUGAUAAGUACUGUACCCCACGAUACAGCGAAUUUGAAGAACUUGAGCGUAAAUACUGGAAAAACCUCACAUUCAAUCCUCCCAUCUAUGGAGCAGAUGUGAAUGGUACUCUCUAUGAACAGCACGUCGAUGAGUGGAAUAUCGGCCGGCUGAAGACCAUCCUGGACCUGGUGGAAAAGGAGAGCGGGAUCACCAUCGAGGGGGUGAACACCCCCUACCUGUACUUCGGCAUGUGGAAGACGUCCUUUGCCUGGCACACGGAGGACAUGGAUCUGUAUAGCAUCAACUACCUGCACUUCGGAGAGCCCAAGUCUUGGUACUCUGUUCCACCUGAGCAUGGGAAACGCCUGGAGCGUCUUGCCAAAGGCUUUUUCCCAGGGAGUGCUCAAAGCUGUGAGGCUUUUCUCCGCCACAAGAUGACCCUGAUCUCCCCUUUAAUGCUGAAGAAGUAUGGCAUCCCCUUUGACAAGGUGACCCAAGAAGCUGGAGAGUUUAUGAUCACUUUCCCCUAUGGUUACCAUGCUGGCUUCAACCACGGCUUCAACUGUGCAGAGUCCACCAAUUUUGCCACCCGUCGAUGGAUUGAGUACGGCAAGCAAGCUGUACUGUGCUCCUGCAGAAAAGAUAUGGUGAAGAUCUCCAUGGACGUGUUUGUGAGGAGGUUCCAGCCAGAACGCUACAAACUUUGGAAAGCCGGGAAGGACAGCACAGUUAUUGACCACACUCUGCCCACACCGGAAGCAGCCGAGUUUCUGAAGGACAGUGGACUAACCCCGAGAGUGGGGAAUGAGGAGUGCCCAGAGGAGGAUGCAGAAGCGGCAGAGCAGGGAGAGGAGGGCGAUGCGAAGAGAAGCCUGGCCAAGCACCGGAUAGGGACAAAGAGACACCGAGUCUGUCUGGAAAUACCACAGGAGGUCAGUCAGAGCGAGCUUUUCCCCAAGGAAGAGCUGAGCUCUGGACACUAUGAGGUGACAGAGUGCCAGGCCACCCUCGCCCCAGUGCGGCCCACCCACAGCUCCGUGCGGCAAGUCGAGGACAGCCUUCCCUUCCCAGAUUACUCUGACCCCACUGAAGUCAAAUUCGAAGAGCUGAAGAAUGUUAAGCUCGAAGAGGAAGAUGAGGAGGAGGAGGCCGAGGCAGCCGCAUUGGACCUUUCUGUGAAUCCUGCAUCCGUUGGAGGACGCCUUGUCUUCUCGGAUUCCAAAAAGAAAUCCUCUUCCAGCCUGGGCUCCACUUCAUCUCAGGAUUCAGUUUCCUCCGAUUCUGAAACCACAGAGCCUGGCUCUUGCCAGGGCCAGGAGAAAGCAGGAGUUCUUACCGUCCACAGCUAUGCCCGAGGGGAUGGCAAGGGCACCACGGGCGAGCCGAGUGUGAAGAAGAAGCGGAGUGCCCCCCGCAGCAUCAGCGAGCAGGAGCUGGCAGAGGUUGCAGAUGAGUACAUGCUUUCCCUGGAGGAGAAUAAGAAGACCAAGGGUCGCCGCCAGCCCCUGAGCAAGCUCCCACGCCACCACCCGCUCGUGUUGCAGGAGUGCGGCAGCGAUGAUGAGACUUCUGAACAGCUGACCCCGGAGGAAGAGGCUGAGGAGACAGAGGCUUGGGCCAAGCCUCUGAGCCAGCUGUGGCAGAACCGACCCCCAAACUUUGAGGCUGAAAAGGAAUUCAAUGAGAUCAUGGCCCAACAGGCCCCUCACUGUGCUGUGUGUAUGAUCUUCCAGACCUACCACCAGGUGGAAUUUGGAGCCUUCAGUCAGAGCUGUGGGAAUGCUUCAGAGCCAGCUGCCCAGACUCAGAGGACUAAGCCAUUGAUCCCCGAAAUGUGCUUUACCACAACUGGCUGCAGCACAGACAUCAAUCUGUCCACCCCUUACCUAGAGGAGGAUGGCACCAGCAUGCUAGUGUCCUGUAAGAAGUGCAGCGUCCGGGUCCAUGCCAGUUGCUAUGGGGUGCCCCCUGCAAAGGCUUCUGAAGAAUGGAUGUGCUCUCGAUGCUCAGCCAACGCCCUAGAGGAAGACUGCUGUUUAUGCUCACUGCGCGGAGGGGCCCUGCAGAGAGCAAACGAUGACAGAUGGGUUCAUGUUUCAUGUGCUGUGGCAAUUCUAGAAGCAAGGUUUGUCAACAUUGCUGAAAGAAGUCCGGUGGAUGUGAGCAAAAUCCCUCUGCCCCGCUUCAAACUGAAGUGCGUCUUUUGUAAGAAGCGGAGAAAACGGAAUGCCGGCUGUUGUGUGCAGUGCUCCCACGGCCGCUGCCCCACUGCCUUCCACGUGAGCUGUGCCCAGGCUGCUGGGGUGAUGAUGCAGCCCGACGACUGGCCCUUUGUUGUCUUCAUCACGUGCUUCCGCCACAGGAUUCCCAAUCUGGAGCGUGCUAAGGGAGCCCUGCUGAGCAUCACGGCUGGCCAGAAGGUUAUCAGCAAGCACAAGAACGGCCGCUUCUACCAGUGCGAGGUGGUCAGGCUCACCACCGAGACCUUCUACGAAGUCAACUUUGAUGACGGCUCCUUCAGUGACAACCUCUACCCCGAGGACAUAGUGAGUCAAGACUGUCUCCAGCUGGGGCCUCCCGCUGAAGGCGAAGUGGUUCAAGUCAGAUGGACAGACGGCCAAGUCUAUGGCGCUAAGUUCGUGGCCUCCCACCCCAUCCAGAUGUACCAGGUGGAGUUUGAGGAUGGCUCGCAGCUGGUGGUUAAGAGAGAUGAUGUGUACACACUGGAUGAAGAGCUUCCUAAGAGAGUCAAGUCUAGACUGUCAGUAGCUUCAGACAUGCGCUUCAAUGAGAUUUUCACGGAGAAGGAAGUAAAGCAAGAAAAGAAAAGGCAACGGGUCAUCAACUCGAGGUACCGGGAGGAUUACAUCGAGCCAGCCCUGUACCGGGCCAUCAUGGAGUAGAGUUUCCAGGAUCUAAGAGGUUCCCAGCCAUCAAGGCGAGAGCACUCUAGGGUUCCACACACAGCAGACACUUGGAACUCAGAAACUUAGGAAGUGAAGCUGUACACAGAAAAGGAAUGACGCAUCCGACCCAUCACCUCCUCACUCCACCCUCGAUGCAUUCUGCCGUGAAAAGACAAGCCGGUUGUGGGCGCCUGGCGGCAGCUGCUCAUCCCCAGCUGACUGACGGGCUGAUGCUGGGAUGCUGCAGCUACAUCGGCGCCCAGUCCAAACGGGUCAGCUGUUCCUGCGGGGCAGAUUGCUCUUCUUAGCCUAGGACUUGCUUCCUACCGCCCACCGGCACCAGCAAGGCAGAGAGGUGCUGGUGUUUGACCCAAUCAAUCCCCUUUUGUAUUUAUGUACGCGUGUGUGAGUGUGCACAUGCACAAGUGUGUACCUGUGUGUGAGCGUGCGAGUGUACACCUGUGUGUUUGUGUGCUUGAGAAUGUGUGUGUGGGUGUGCAUGAGUGCGUGUGUGCUUGGUCAGGACUAGCUUCUGCCAGCCCCUGGGCUUCACUUUCUUCUUUGCCUCUGCAGGGCAAACAAAAUGUGAAAUUCUGCCCUCAGCCAAGCUGAGUAAGGGCCCUGGGGGAUGGGUAGAGGUGGGCUGCCAUCUGUCCCUCCCUGGACCGAUUUCAAGAGAGAGCUGGCAAAGCUGCAGCAUUGGAGCUGAGGGGCUGGCCGCCACCUCUGUCCAGCCUUGAAGUAGAACUCAGAGGCUGUGUACACGAGCCCACAAACUUCAGGCAUGGAAGGAAGCCCCGUGGCACAGUGUUAGAGGGUGUGGGUGGGGACUGCCUUGAAGGGAGAAUUUUAAUGAUGGAAACAGGCAGAGCCUGGUGGGUGAUUUUUGUGCAGGGGAAAAUUGCAGUUAUGCAGGGGCUUAUCUAUGGGUUAGGAUGAACUGGGGCCACUGAAGGCCAAGGGCCCGUGUAGCUAAGCCCUUGGUCAGGGGUGGGGCGGGGCUGGUUAAGGGUGGGGGGGUGGAACUAGAGGGCAACAUUGAAGGGGUUAAACAGGUUUUUGCUCCUCUUGAAUUUGUUUGCCUGGGCCCAAUAUUGGAGGGCUUCAUACCUUGCUCUGUACACAGGAGUCAGAUUUAUAAUACUUCCCCUUUUUUGUUACGUAUGAACUCUAUAAACCAAAUUAUUUUGAAAACUGGUGCAUUACCUUGUCCUUAGCAAUAAAAUGGAUUGAACAGA